ACUCACAUUAUGUCCUUGUUAGUACUUCAUAUUUUCAUAACUACAUAUUUUUAUAUACCAUGUCUAAGCAUCAACAUGCUGGGACCAGCGGACAUAAUAUACAAAACCUUCGGUUACUGUGAGACAAAAAUUACGGACGUGGACGUUUGGAUAACGACGAAGAAGUACAACAGAACUACCAACGUCCUUGACAUCUCUUUGACAACACCGUGGGCAAUAGACGACGACUUGAUUUUAGAGUUGACGGCUGAAAUAAAGAAGGAAGGUGGGUACAAGCCGGGACAGUUCCACUUGAAAGAUACGUUGUGCAAAGUAUUGAGUACACUUUUUGACGAGCUUUUCAACCAGUUCCUCGAGGCCGCCGGUGUUGACGCCUGUCCUAUUGCAGAUGGAAAAUACCAAGUAAACAACUUUUUCUUGGACAACGAAAAGAUGACGGUGCCACAGUUGUACGGGGACUACAGGGUGCUUGUGGAAAUCUACAAGGGCGAAAAGCUGAAGGGAUGUUAUUACGCAUACGUAGACAUGGUGCCCAAGGAAGAAUAAAUCAGUGCAAACUGCAGAA